GGGUGGGUGGUUGGUUGGUGGUGGUGGUGGAGGAGGAGGGGGUGAGUGGCGGCCGCCAACAUGGCCGGCGCCAGCGGUAACAUCGCCCAGAAGACCUGGGAGUUGGCCAACAACAUGCAGGAGGUCCAGAGCAUCGACGAGAUCUACAAGUACGACAAGAAGCAGCAGCAGGAGAUCCUGGCGGCCAAACCGUGGACUAAAGAUCAUCAUUACUUCAAGUAUUGUAAGAUCUCAGCUCUUGCGCUUUUGAAGAUGGUGAUGCAUGCCAGAUCGGGUGGAAACCUGGAAGUGAUGGGUUUAAUGCUGGGUAAAGUAGAUGGAGAAACUAUGAUCAUAAUGGACAGCUUUGCUCUGCCAGUAGAGGGAACGGAGACCCGAGUCAAUGCCCAGGCUGCUGCAUAUGAAUACAUGGCUGCUUACAUAGAGAAUGCUAAGCAGGUUGGACGUCUUGAAAAUGCUAUUGGCUGGUAUCAUAGUCAUCCUGGUUAUGGAUGCUGGCUGUCAGGAAUAGAUGUUAGUACUCAGAUGUUGAAUCAACAAUUCCAGGAGCCAUUUGUGGCAGUUGUGAUUGACCCUACCAGAACAAUAUCAGCUGGAAAAGUAAACUUAGGGGCUUUCAGGACAUAUCCAAAGGGUUAUAAACCACCCGAUGAAGGUCCUUCAGAAUACCAGACUAUUCCACUCAAUAAAAUAGAGGAUUUUGGUGUACACUGCAAACAGUAUUAUGCCCUGGAAGUUACUUAUUUUAAAUCAUCGCUGGAUCGUAAACUCCUUGAACUUCUUUGGAACAAGUAUUGGGUGAACACUCUUAGCUCUUCAAGCUUGCUCACGAAUGCUGAUUACACCACAGGGCAAGUCUUUGAUUUGUCUGAGAAAUUGGAACAGUCAGAAGCCCAGCUUGGUCGAGGAAGCUUCAUGCUUGGAUUGGAUACCCAUGACAGAAAAUCUGAGGACAAAUUAGCCAAAGCCACACGGGACAGCUGUAAGACUACUAUAGAGGCAAUACAUGGAUUGAUGUCGCAAGUUAUUAAAGACAAGCUCUUCAAUCAGAUCAAUAUACCUUCUGUUUAAUGUAUUAGUCUUCCAAAAAGAAUCUUGGAUUGUGCCUGCAACAUGUGAAGAGAUUCAUUUCCAGUUCAACUUCUUUGAAUGGACUGCAGUUGUAGUUAUUUAUCCAGAAUGCUGGUGAUCCUGUAAUGCACAAUUAUUUGACAAACCUAUUGGCUGUUUUCUUAGUUUAAUUUGAUGACUAACAGAAAUCCUUGUUGUCUGUAAGUAUUGCCAUAUGUCAUAAAAUAGCACUUGUCAAAAUUUAGUUUAGACUACUUAGCUUCAGGAUGGUAAAUCUAUUUCUUAGGAUAUCAGGAAUCCAGAAGCAGUACAGUUCUACCUUUGAGCUUUUUAGAAUGGACAAGCAUAACCAGUGUAAGCUUCAGUGUGCUAUUAAAAAUAAGUUAAGAUAUGAUAAGUUGUAUUUUCAUUACUUCCUCGGUAUAAAUGUUGAACUGCACCAAAGAUUACAUCUUCCAAACAUAGUUGUAAGGUAUCUUAAAAAUGACUGUUUUCCAGUUAAUACAGUGAGACAUUCACAUUUAUUCUAAACCAAGAAGGGCAUUAGUAUUAAAUGUAUUUUCCUUUUCACUGUUUUUAUGUCUGUGUUCUGUUAUCAGUCACUUGUCCACCUGCCCUGUGUGGUUCUGUCAUGCACAAUAGAUAACACAAGUAUCAAAGGUGUGUUUUUGAUAAUUGUUCUAAAUAAUUGACUUAUUUCUCUAUAUUAAAUUCUAGAUAUAGUCACCACUAUGCAACUGUGUCAUACAGAAUGCUCAGCAUUCAGCCUUUCUUGUGUAUUUUUAUCAAGAAUAUUAGAAAUUUAAAAACGAGAGAGAGAGAGAGAGAGAAUUAAUGAAUUGUUAUAAAUUUGCAGUUACGAAAGAGGCUUUGGUUUCUGAUUAGUUCAGGAGAUUUUAGUGUGACUUUGUUGAUGCUAUGCUAGAAUGAAUGAACCGUCGGACCAAAAUUAUACCACGGCUGAGACAAAUCAAAUCAAUGAGAAGAUAUGUCCCUGAGGUGGUCUUACACAACUCUUAAUUAUCAUGUUAUACUAGUUAUAAAUUAAAAUUGGUAAAUUAGAAUUAUGAUUAUCGUUGCUAAUAUUUACAAAUUAUUCACUUCUGAAUCUGGACAGUGGGUAUCUAAGUGGAAGGAAAAAGUCGUCAAAUGGCUUUAUAUGAUGUAUAGGGAGAAAGCUGGAGGGAAAAAAUCAGAUUAAAAGUAACCAUCAGCAUCUUUCUAUUAGGUUUAAGAACUCCUAGUUUGUACAAUAAUACCUACCAAUCUCACAAUGUGGGAACCACAACGGCUUUCCAUGAAGGAUACGAGUGUGGAUCCAGGACGAAGAUAACUUUAUCCUGGAAAAUGCGGAAUAUGUUCAACCGUAAUGGAGUAACGUAGAUAGUUGCUGAAAGUUUUUUAAGCAGUAAUUUCUAUAAUUUGAUGAUUUUACAGUAAAGUUGUUCUAUUCCUAACGAGCCCCCUUUUGAGGACCUCCUGAAUAUAACUGCAAAAAUAUUCUGUUUCAGUUUUCCGUUGUGUCUGGAAUCUCAUUUGCUUCCAACUGUCAUCCUGUUGAUACAAUUAGCCAAGAUCUGUCUCCCAGGUUAUCUUUAGGGAACCAGUGUUGAUUUUUUUCCAGAUCUUGAAAUAAAGAACAUGCUGCUGA